CCCGAUGGUGGACUUAGAGGUAGAGGAACAAGAAGGGAGUCGAGGAAGUCCAGGGACAGAGGAAGAGAGAGAGCAAGAGCCUACAAAUGAGGACUCGGAUACAAGUAAAAAAAGAAAGACCACUUCAGAUGUUUGGGCUCAUUUUACAAGGAAGAAAGUUGAAGGAAAAGUUAAAGCCCAAUGCCAUCAUUGUGGCAAACUUUACUUGGGUGAUUCAAGCUAAGGUACAACCCAUUUGCGUAAUCAUCUAGCAAGAUGUCCACGGAUGAAGUUUAAAGAUAUAAGACAACAAGUCUUAAUUAAACAACAAAAUAAGGUGGAUGGAACUAUGAGUUUAAGUAAUUAUCAAUUUGAUCAAGCUAGAGUUAGGAAUAAGCUUGCUCGAAUGGUCAUUUUACAUGAAUAUCCCCUUUCAAUGGUUGAUCACAUUGGGUUUAGAGAAUUUGUGACGGAUCUUCAACCGAUGUUUAAAAUUGUCACAAGAAAUACUUUGAAGAGUGACAUUUUUAAAAUCUAUGAUAAUGAGAGGGAGAAAGCUUUGAAGAUCACGGACAAGAAUGGAAGUAGGAUGGCAAUUACAACUGACAUGUGGACUUCAAGUAACAAAAAGAGAGGGUUUAUGGUCAUUACCGCUCAUUUCAUUGAUCAUGCUUGGACGUUGCAAAGUCGGGUUUUAAGGUUUGUUUAUGUUCCUUCUCCACACACGAAAGAUGUUCUUGCCGAUGUGCUUGUUGAUUGCUUUUUAGAGUGGAAUAUUGAUAGGAAGUUGUCCACAAUAACCGUAGAUAAUUGUAGUACUAAUGAUGCCAUGAUAAGACUUCUCUUGAAUAAGCUUGAUACUAGUUCUCUUAUGUUGGGUGGGUCUAUGUUGCAUAUGAGAUGUGCUGCACAUAUUUUAAAUUUGAUUGUUCAAGAUGGGUUGUCUCUUAUUGGUGAUGGUAUUGAAAGGAUUCGUGAUAGUGUGAUUUAUUGGACUGGAUCACCAAAGAGGAGACAAAAAUUUGAAGAAAAUGCGCGUCAAUUGCGUAUUCAAUGCACCAAAGAGUUAGUUUUAGAUUGUAAAACUCGUUGGAAUUCAACUUGCUUAAUGCUUUCUACUGCAUUGAUUUAUAAAGAUGUUUUCUCGCGUUUGGCUAAACAUGAAACAUCUUAUACUUGUUUGUCAUAUGAUCAUGAUUGGGAGUGUGACUGA